GCAACGAAGUUCGUGAUGGAGGGGUGUCCACUGGUUGGGACGUCCGACCUUCCUAAGCCCUUUGAUGCCAAAAUCGUGCCCGCCACCUUGACCGAGCAAGAGCUUCGCGCUUCCGCCAAGGCCCGCAGGCAAACCUUGGUUCAGACAGGGCGGCCGGGCGAUGCCGAGCAUGUUGAGCAUCUUGUGCGAUCCACUUUGGACGAGGUGGACCGAGGAUUCCUGGACGGACCGUUUACGGAAUCCGAGGUUUCCGAACGUCUUGGUCACGCAGAUUGGACGGCAGUGCGAAGAUUCGUGCUCGUGCAAGGUGCCGAGAUGAAGCUUCGUCCGAUUGAUGAUUGUGCAGAAGCUCAGCUGAAUGAUGCAUACGCGUCAAUGAUUAAGCUCCGAAUGAUGGACUCGGACUAUAUUUCAUCUCUCGCUUUGAAGAUUGCCCGUCUUGAUGCAGAACGUGCCGCCCGACUGGGGGUCGAAGAAGGCGAACUUGUGGAUCAGUGCGUAAGCGAGUUCCUAUCACUCCUGGGCUGGGGACACGCCACUAGCGGUUCUAAGGGUCUUGCGUUUGAUAAGGUUUUUACCGUACUAGGAAUGUCACUUGAUCUCAGCCAGAUCCAGAGUCAAGUUGUGGUCCUCGCCAACAAGCCCGGCCGGGCGGAGAGGAUUUCGCAAAAGCUUGGAGAGAUCGCGACGGCUGGGCGAAUCAACAGGCAUGAAGCCCAAGUUCUUCGCGGAUUGCUGCAGUUUGCCUCGGGGUUCUAUGCAGGCAGGGGUUUAAAGCAGACCUGCUGUUGGCUUGGAGAAGUGGUGAAAGGCGUGCCUUUUUCCCCCGAGCAGGUGCGAGAAAGAUGCGAGCAAGCACGGUGCAAAAUCGCACGUGGCCGGGUCUUUCAGGGCUUCGUUGAUCCCUGGCUGGUGAAGACUUGGCUGUCGUCCGUGGGCGAACAACUCAUUUGUGAGAUUGAGCUGUACGCGUUGGUCGCCAUCCGGCAUGUUCUUGGCUCGACCUUCGAAGGUCGGAAAUGCAUUUAUUGGAUAGACAACAAUGCUGCCCGAAGCGUGGUGAUAAAGGGACAUAGCAGCAGCAAAGCAAUGUCCGAACUUGCAUUCCGCCUAUCCGAGGUUGAGAUGUUGUCGCCUUGCUCUUGCUGGAUAGAGCGAGUGCCGAGCUUUUCGAACAUAGCCGGCUAUCCGUCUAGGCAAGCAGGAAACGAGAUCCUGAGGCUUGCGCAGGCUCGCUGCGUGGAGCCUUUUCCUCAGGACAAGGAAUUCAUCAGAUUCACGCGUGGCAAAGCUCUUGUGAAAUCGGGGGAGUGA